GGACGAUCGAUCUCCCCGCCAUCGUUGACCAUAUACAUAGUAGUGCUAUGAUGUAGAUGCCAAGGGCUAGGGACUCUCGACUACUACUAAUACACCAAGACGGCAGACCUCUCAUGUCAAUUACUUUCGUGGCUUCCCACGCAAUUUCAAGAUCGGCACAGACCCGCUCCUGCCCUGGUCCACUCCCGCGCUUCCCAAGUAUAUCUCUCCUUUCAACCUCAACUUCGACUUGUUCCUUCAACUUGUUCCUUCGACACUCUACUUUCUUUCUCCCAUCUGCCUCUUUUCGUCCUCGCUGUUCACUCCUUUACAGCGUUGUUUUCAUAGCAGUCGAUCUGCUUAGCCGGUCCUUAUCAUCAUCAUCAUCAUCAUCAUCCUCGUCGCCAUCUCGAGCACCACUCACUCAACUUCCUGGAGAAGCCAGUCUGUUCUGCAGUCAACCUGUACCGUUCUAGAAGUUGGAAGCUGAUCCAUAUACUCCAUAUACUCCAUAUACACCGAAAACACCGACAAUAUGAAGGGUUCAUUGAUCAUUGGCGCUUUGUGUGCCUUGGGUGCUGUUGCCAGUCCGCUCAACAUGCGUGUCUUGGUCACUGAUAUCGAGGUCACUGUGGUCACGAUCACCGUUACUGAAACUCCUGGUUAUACUCCAGCUGCUGCUACUACUACUGUGCCUGCAUCCACCACCUCUGUUGCACCGACCACCGUCCCCGUUGCCGGAGCUGCCAAUUUGAACAAUGAAUAUCCGCGUCCGCCAUUGACUUCCACCUCUACUUCGACAACUUUGGUCGUGCCUUCAUCUUCGUCCACCACUUUUGUUGCUCCUGAACCUACCACGACUGUUGCAGCAGCACCUGCUCCAACUCCUGUCGAACCUUCGACAACCUCAACCUCUACCUCUGCCUCUACCUCUCCUAGCGUCGCCCCAUCUAGCGCUGGUUCCAGCUACCAAUCCUUGAUCCUCAACUCUCACAACAUCCACCGUUCCAACCACUCCGCUCCAGCUCUUACCUGGAACGAGACCUUGGCUGAGAGUGCACUCAAAUUGGCCAACACCUGCGACUACCACCAUGAUACCUCCCUCGGCCCCGCCGCCAACUACGGCCAAAACAUCGCCUUUGGCAUCGACUCUGAUAAAGUCGACGAAAUCAUCACCAACAUGAUGUACAACGACGAAAUGAUGUUCUAUCAAGAUCUCUACGGCCAAGCCAACCCGGACAUGUCCAAAUUUGAGAAAUGGGGUCACUUUAGUCAGAUUGUGUGGUUGGAUACGACCAGUGUUGGCUGUGCUACCGUGACCUGUCAGCCUCUAGCGGAGUCGCAUUCUUCCCUGGCCUUGCCGUUUACCGUUUGCAAUUACUAUCCAGCCGGUAACUACGGCGGUGAAUAUGCAGACAACGUCUUACAGCCCAAGGGCAACGCCAUGGUCGUCGCCUCUUAAAAUGCAUACUAUGGUAUAUACAAAAGUCAGAUACGUAUCAGUACAUCGUCUGAUUCCAUAGUCAACAAUUAUCUGACAAAGUACCGACAUGUACCGUACCGUUCUUGACGUUUAUAUUCAUGUACAUGCUUUCGCUUUUCGGACUUAUUCCAUUUCUUUUCUUCUCUUCUUCUCUUCUUCUCUUCUUCUCUCCCAUCUCUGGAAGAUCCUUUUUUUUGGGGCAAAUUUUUUGAAUAAAAAUUACUUCAUUUCUUUUCUAAUGCUGGUUGCGUAUUUUUACCAAGAGUUUUGAUUAAUCAAAGCAGUCUUCACUUUUUC